AUGGCGGAAGCGAAGCUUUUUGAACUCAAUAAUGGCACUAUGAAAGUCAACGUCUCCAAUUAUGGCUGCACCAUUACUUCCCUGUUGGUGCCAGACAAAGAUGGGAAAUUGGCUGAUGUUGUUCUGGGAUUUGACACACUUGAACCCUAUCUGAAAGGUGCUUCACCUUUUUUUGGCUGCAUUGUUGGCCGGGUAGCAAACAGGAUCAAAGAUGGGAAAUUUACACUCGACGGCAUUGAAUACUCUUUGCCAAUCAACAAGCCACCAAACAGUCUCCAUGGUGGACACAAGGGAUAUGACAAGGUUAUUUGGGAAGUUGCUGAGUAUAAACAAGGUGAAAAUCCAUCAAUUACCUUCAAGUAUCAUUCUCGUGAUGGUGAAGAAGGCUAUCCAGGUGAUGUCCACAUCACUGCAACUUAUACACUUGUGUCUAAGACGACCAUGAGGCUUGACAUGGAAGCAGUUCCAGUAAAUAAGCCGACACCUAUAAGUUUAGCUCAACACACCUAUUGGAACUUAGCAGGUCAUAAUUCAGGAAAUGUUCUUGAUCAUACAAUUCAGAUAUGGGCAAGGCAUAUAACUCCUGUGGAUCACAAUACUGUCCCAACCGGUGAAAUCAUGUCCAUCGAAGGAACUCCAUUCGACUUCACCACUGAGAAUAAAAUCAGUAGUCGUAUCCACGAGGUUGGACUGGGAUAUGACCAUAAUUAUGUGCUCAACUGUGGAGAUGAAAAGUUAGGGUUGAAGCAUGCAGCAAGAUUGAAGGAUCCGGCUAGCUCAAGGACUCUGAAUUUAUGGACCAAUGCUCCUGGUAUGCAGUUUUACACUGCAAAUUAUGUGAAUGGAAUCGCCGGUAAAGGUGAUGUUGUAUAUGGAAAACAAUCUGGGGUCUGUCUUGAGACACAAGGAUUUCCUAAUGCCAUCAACCAAUCAAAUUUUCCAUCUAUAGUUGUUCAACCAGGCGAGAAGUACAAACACAGCAUGCUGUACGAGUUCUCAGCCGAGUAG